AUGGCUCGUUCCAGAGCUCCUUCGUCUUGCUUUGGAGCCAAAAAGCAAAGAUUAGAUGAAGAAUCAACAUCACGACCAUGCGUUCCUCGUAAUGGCCUUAGCACACCUGGGGUUGUUAGACGUGAAAUGUGUUACUUUUGCUUUGACGUCCUUCACAACCAUUUACAUAAUAUUGAACCUCCUCCUGCCCCCAAGACAUUUCCAAACAGCUCCUAUCCGCUUUUCGUGACAUGGACGUAUGGAAAAGAGGAAAAACUUCGUGGAUGCAUAGGCACUUUUACUGCCAUGAAUAUACAUAAUGGUCUUCGUGAAUAUGCGAUUAACAGUGCCAUCAAGGAUAGUCGCUUUUCACCAAUAACAGAAGAAGAGUUUCCUAAUCUGACAUGUUCAGUUUCCUUGCUUUUAAAUUUUGAAGAGGGGAAAAACUAUCAGGAUUGGCAGAUUGGUGUUCAUGGAAUCCGAAUUGAAUUUGUUAAUGAAAAAGGAUAUCAUCGCACUGCUACGUAUUUGCCUGAAGUUGCUUACAAACAAGGUUGGAAUCAUUGCGAAACCAUUGAUUCUCUUCUUCGAAAAGGUGGUUACCGUGGUAAUAUAAGUGAGGCAUUUCGACAAUCGAUACGGCUUACUAGAUAUCGUAGCGAAAAAUAUAGUGUGCAUGCAUCAGAGUAUUUACGUGCUCGUCAAAAUGGUUAUCGUGUUUAA